GGAGUAAUAAAUAGCGAAAUAAAAUCCAGACCCCACCUCAAAAGCAAACACUCUUUUCCAUUCAAAAGGUCGUCGCCCAUUCUCUUUCUCUUCUUCCUCGAGUUUCACAGUCUUCGACUUCUACGCCCUUUGGGUACCUUCGGGGACAUCUAUAUAAACAGAAAAGGUCGGUCGCCGGCGCCUUUUUAGUCGAAGACCUUUUCCGAUAACUCUGAAUUCGUCACAAGGCAUCACUUUUUUUUUUUUUUUUUUCGUAAUCCAAUUUCCCCCCAAAAAAUAAGAUUGUGAUAAUGGGGUGCAGCAGCAGCAAGGCCGCUGAUGCUGCCACAAUUUCACGAUGGCGUUCCACUGGCAUCGUUGCUUUACGCGACUCCAAAUUGAAGACAUUUCCUGAUGAAGUUUUUGAUCUGGAAAAAGCUGUACGUACCCUCGACUUAACACACAAUAAAAUGGUUGAAAUUCCCAUGGAGAUCAACAAACUAGCUAACCUACAACGUCUUAUUUUAGCUAAUAACAUCAUUGAGCGCCUUCCCAUGAAUCUGGGAAAGCUUCAGUCUUUGAAAGUGGCAACACUUGAUGGGAAUCGACUCACAAACUUGCCUGAUGAAUUGGGGCAGUUGGUGAAACUUGAGCGUCUCUCUAUCUCAGCAAACUUGUUGACCAGCUUGCCUGACACAAUUGGGAGUUUGCGGAGUUUGGUUUUGUUGAAUGUUUCAAACAACAAGUUAAAGUUUCUUCCUGAAUCGAUUGGAAGUUGCGUCUCUUUGGAAGAACUGCAAGCAAAUGAUAACUCCAUUGGAGAGCUUCCUGGUUCAGUUUGCAAUCUCAUUCAACUAAAAUCACUCUGUUUGAACAAUAAUAAUCUCAAUCAGAUGCCUCUAAAUUUAUUAAGAGAAUGCAAGGGCUUGCAGAACAUAGCCCUACAUGGCAAUCCCAUCACCAUGGACCAAUUUCAACAAAUGGAAGGAUUUCAAGAAUUUGAAACCCGGCGUAAAAUGAAGUUCAACAAACAAAUUGAUUCUAAUGUGAUAAUUAGUUCUAAAGGGCUUGAUGAGGGUGUUGAUUUAUGAUACCAAUGCUGCUGUAAUUUUUUGGGUGGAAUGCGGGGCGUUGAAAUUGUUAGACUUCGAUGAACGGCCAUUACUGCUGACUGCCAAGAAUAUGCCCAGGCCUUUUCCUACAGUUCUUCAUGGAAUUGUUAGCUCUGACAAACUGGGCAAAUAAAUCUAUGCUGUGUUAAUUUAAUUGUAAAUGGUCUAUAUUUCAAGUGUUCCAAUCACUUGUUUCUUUUUGUAAAAGGUGUAUAUAUUUACUUAAACCUGGUUAUAAGCUCAACUUUUGGAACAUAAAUAUAUCAGUUCUUAUAACA